UCCCUUUGGCGUCAGCGCAAACUACUUACGUCACAUCCGCUCCAGGAAUUCCGAAUCUUGAACCCGCGCGAUGAAAAGUGCGUUUGUGACUGUUGGGACCACCAGUUUCGACGACCUCAUCGAGAGUGUGGUCACUAACGACAGCCUCCGGAUCCUUAAGAGUCUCGGUUAUAACCGACUUGUCCUCCAGAUUGGUAGAGGCACAGUGGUCCCUGAAUCAUUCAGUAGUGAUUCAUUCACUCUGGAUGUUUACAGGUACAAGGAUUCUUUGAAGGAAGACCUUCAGCAAGCAGAUCUUGUCAUCAGCCACGCAGGUGCAGGAAGCUGUUUGGAGAGUCUGGAAAAAGGCAAGCCACUUGUGGUAGUUGUAAAUGAAAAGUUAAUGAACAAUCAUCAAUUCGAAUUGGCAAAGCAGUUGCACAAAGAAGGACAUCUUUUCUAUUGUACCUGCAGGGUCCUGUCUGUCCUGCGCCAGUCAGCCUCUUGCUUCUGCUUCUGGGAAGUGCCAAGAUCCUGCAGCCCUGCCUUCUGCCUAGACCUUGAGCUGUUUGGGAUUCCUGCCUACACAAGCUCCAGCACUUGCCGCCGCUGCCUGUCUCUCCGUGCAUUCUGUGUUUUCUUCUUUUUCACCCUCUGUUCCUUUCUCCUCACCCCAUGCACAAUGCAUAAAGGAUGGAAAACGUACUGCGGCCAGAAGUCUUUGAAUGAGGCAUCAAUGGAUGAAUAUUUAGGCAGUUUAGGGCUGUUUCGAAAGGUGAUUGCCAAGGAUGCUUCUUGCCUUUUUCGGGCUAUUUCCGAGCAGUUGUUUUACAGCCAGAUCCAUCAUUUACACGUCAGGAGAGUUUGUGUCUCAUAUAUGAAAGAAAAUCAACAAACUUUUGAAUCUUAUGUGGAGGGAUCUUUUGAGAAAUAUCUGGAACGGUUGGGAGAUCCCAAGGAGAGUGCUGGCCAGCUGGAAAUAAGAGCUCUUUCUCUAAUUUAUAAUCGAGAUUUCAUUCUUUAUCGAUAUCCUGGAAAGCCACCAAUGCAUGUCACAGAUAAUGGCUUUGAAGAAAAGAUUCUUCUUUGUUAUUCAAAUAAUGGCCAUUAUGAUUCUGUGUACUCAAAAGAAUUUCAGUCAACUGCAGGAAUUUGCCAAGCAAUAUUAUAUGAAAUUCUUUAUAAAGAUGUAUUUGUUGUGGAUGAAGAAACAUUGAAAACUGCAGUUCAUUUGUUUCGAAGUGGUUCCAGGAGAAACAGAAACAACGCUUUGACUGGAAAUGUAGAAGGCAGUACUGAUCAGAAGAGCUCAUCCGAGGAUAGAAUUGAAGAGUUUGGUGCCUCUUCCAGUGUCAAAAAUACACCAGAAGACAGCAAGCAAGAAACAGAAUUAAAGUUUCCAGAAAAUCCAUCAAGGAUGCUCUUUCCUUAUAAGGUGCUAAAAGCUCUGGAUCCAGAAAUAUAUCGCAAUAUAGAAUUUGAUGCUUGGUUGGACAGUAGAAAAGAACUUCAAAAAUCAGAUUGCAUGGAAUAUGCUGGAAGACAUUACUAUUUAGGAGACAAGUGUCAGGUUUGCUUGGAACCAGAUGGAAAAUAUUAUAAUGCUCACAUUCAAGAAAUUGAAAAUGAUAAAAACUCGGUAAUAGUUUUCAUUGAGGAAUUGGCAGAAAGGCAUGCAGUUCCGCUGGAUAAUGUAAAACCAGUCAGCCAAGUGGCACUUCUUCCUUUCUGGAAUACUUUGCCAUCUCGUAAAGGAAGAGGUUACCAGCCUGUGACUGGCGGCUAUUUCCCGGAAAUGGUUACAACAGAGAUGAGCAUGAAGCAACGGAAAAAGAUGUUUAAGAAAGUUCGAGGGAAAGAGGUUUAUAUGACCAUGGCUUACAGCAGGGGAGAUCCACAUGUCCCAUCCAGGAUUCAGCAUAGUAUGCAUUUUGGGCAUGACCCUCUAUUGUUCUACUCACAGACAUCUGGCCAUAUUAUGUCUAGUGAACAUUUCUACCCUCAACAUUCAUCUCAACGACAAGGUCGGGGAUAUGGGAUGCCCAGGGAUUCAUCUCACGUAAUCAAUAGGCAAAACAUGCCGAGUCCUAAAGUUGGGUUUUACCCUGGCCCAGGUAGACGGUGCUGCCAGAGCUAUGAUAAUGUCUCAUAUAGGUCUCGUUCUUUUAGGCGUAGCCACCGUCAGAUGCAUUGUAUGAAUAAAGAAUGCCAGUAUGGUUUUGCUCCAGAAGAAACUGUUACAUUUUAUGCACUUGAAGAAGGGAAUGAGACUGCUUAUUCAACAUUACCUAGCAAUGGCGGUUCCCCUGCAAUGGUUCCUGUUACUUCAGGAUACUGUAUGGCAAGUCAGGGCUAUAGCUCAUGUAAACCAAGUUUGAAUUCAGAAGACAGCAAUGACCAGUGUGACAGUGGACAAUACCAUGGAGAUUAUCUUUAUUCUUCAGAACAAGGCUAUGAAACUUCCAGUGUAUAUACCACAACUGUAUCUACAGCAAACUUGUCUCUUCAGGACAAUGGACCAUGUUCUGUGCCUCAAGACACAGUUACCUCAUACAACUACCCCCAGAAGGUAUUAGAAAAUUCUACAGCAAUUAGAGUUUCCUGGGCCAGCCAUGUUCCAGUUCCAGUCUUACCUAGCUGUGCAGGAGAUAAUCAAACUAUUAGUACCUCUGAUGUUUCCGAACAGAAUGCCAUACAGCCUGUCUUUGAAUCUCCACCAGCACAAGACAGUCAAACCUGUAUUCAGCCUUCAGAUUCAGCAGCAGCAGCAGCAGUGGCAGUACCACUUCCACCGCCGCCUCCUCCUCUUCCUCCUCCUCCUCCUUCUCUUGAAGCAGGAGAUGCUUCAGGCUUACCUCUGCUACCACUACCACCUCCACUACCACCACUACCACCACCACCACCUCCUCCACCACCUCCACCACCACCACCACCACCACCUUAUUCCUGUGAUCCAAGUGGAAGUGAUCUGCCCCAAGAUACAAAAGUUUUGCAGUACUAUUUCAAUCUGGGAUUGCAGUGCUAUCAUCACAACUACUGGCACUCCAUGGGCUAUGUGCCACAUGUGCAGGAGGACCAGCCACAGCAGCUUCAUGUAGAGAAUUAUCCAGAUUGUACUGAACAACCUCUUGUAGACCAAAGUGUUCCUCAUUCGUACAAUGAUGCAGCGCAAGCAGAUGAUACACAGGCAGACGAAGCAUCAACAAAUGAUGCUUUUCCCAUUUCUGAUGCUGUACCUGUCCCUCAUGGAACAGUCUAUUACCCAGUAAUGACAGAUACCUAUGGGUCACCUUUGCCAGGUUUUGAUUCCUACAUUCCUGUUGCAUCUGAUUAUCCCAAUGUUGCCAUGUGGCAUCCAGUUGGUGCAGCAUAUGGUAGUUCUGCCCAAAUCCAUGGUGCUAUAAAUUCUGGGCCCAUUGGCUAUAUGCUUCUACCUAACUCACCUCAUUAUACUCCUCAGAAUUAGGAUUUGACAAUGUGAAAUAUUCUUUGCUGCCAUUUUUACUUUUGUGGUUGAUAAAUGUUUUCUAUUAGUUCUUUAGUGGUUUAAGGUUGUAAGAAUGUUCACUGUUGUAUGUCUUUAAAAUUAUCUUACUUUUGAAGUAAAAUACUGCUUUAAAACAAGGGCAUAUCACUUUGUGUUAUGAAUAUGAAUGUACACCUAGUCCCUAAUUGAACAAGCUUAUUGUAUGCAACUUCCUAUUAGCCAGCUUGUGAAUAUUGUAUUAACUAAUGGUGCCAAUUGAUAAAAGAGUGGAAAACAUACAAGCUAUUUUCUUAAGAUAUGAUGCAUCUUGAUCAUCUAUGUAAGCUUGAUAUGAUUUCGACUUUUCAAGAAAUUUAGAGAGGGGAAAAACAAGCAAGAGCCAAUGGUCUUCAGGUUUCUUUAAGAAUUGUAAGAACUGGAUUGCAGUCUGAUGUUAAUUAGUUUUGAAGGGACAUGGCGUUCUGCUUUACAUUUGCCACAUAUGGUAUUGUUUAAUACUAGAUUUACAUAACUGUCCUACUGCACAGUAUUAUAGUUCCUUUGCACAAUUUGCAGUAAAUAAAAACUAGCAUUCAAAAUUG